AAUCGGUCUCAUCGUGCUCUAUUAGUGAAUAAUGUUGGUGACAGCAGCUAACGAUCUGAAGGUAAGCCACUGGCCCUAUAUUGACCAGUUGGAUGCCUUCAACAUGAAAGGCGACGAGAUUAUCAGCGUCUCGUGGAGUAAAAACAACGCGUUUAUGAUUUACCUUGAGCGCAACGGUCGGCCCCAAAUUCUGAGCCUCAAGGACCGCAGGAACAUCAAGGUGAUCCAUGUGGUCACAGCAAUCGACCAUGCCUCCACGGUGUUGUUUUCUCGCAGCCGCAAUGGAACUGUUGCCAUCGGCACUACACAGGGGACCGUUGCGUUGUACGAUACACAUUCAAAAACGAUAAUGCAGUUGUACGAUGUACCUGGACCUGUAUUCGGGGUAGACUUUAAUUGCUACGAUAAGUACCUAGGGGUGACGUGCCAGGCGGGCCAGGUGGUCAUCAUGGACCUGGCCACGCACAAACCGAUUUUUAACGCGGACAUUCAGGAGCCCUCUUCGGGUAUACGCUUUCAUCCGUUCUAUGCGGAUAAUUUUGGUAUAUGCACCGGAAAUGGGAAGUUUAUCUACAUGGAUUUGAACCAAAACGAACCCAUUUGGGCAGUUACGGUGGCUUUGAAAGCGUUGAACGGAUUUGCGUUCUAUCCCAAGGAGGACAUCCAACAAGUGGUUACUGUUGACGAGGAGUACAAAGUGAGCACCUACGAAACACUCACAGGCAGAUGUCUAUUUCGAUGUUGUCUGCAACAGCCGCUGACAGCGAUAGAUUAUUCCCAGGACGGAAAGUUUUACGGUGUUGCGAUGGCGAAUGGCAGCGUUUGCCUGUUUGACACGGGAAAUCCUCGAACACCGGCGACAAUCUUAGAUAUACACGAAAACCGGAGGAUUCAUUGCCUACGCUUCUCAAAUAUGUUGUGCACUCAAGCUGAGGCCACAACAUGUCCCACUGGUAGUCAACUCUCUUGCGACUCUCGAGGCACCACCACUUUGCGACCAUUUACGGUGAACGGCACUGAACUCUCUCCGGAAACGAUUCGAUCGCUAUUGAGUCAAGAUUCGGUUGCCCUGCUUUUGCAAAAUGUGAAAGAUGAUAUAGAUAUCCACGUUAAGAAAUAUGUUAUGUAUUUUAAGUCACACGUCAAGAACCAACUAAAUGCUUUCGACGAUUUCAUACGCCGGGAGUUUCAGAAAAUUGAGGAGCAGGUUCAGGAAAAAUGGGAAGUGCUGAAGUUAAUGAAUCUGUCUGCGAAUACCGAUCGAAUGCUAACAGAUGGUGCAGAUUCAGAUGAUAUCGACGAAGAUCUGCAGGAGGACGACCCGACCACUAGGGGUACCCAUGACGAUAUUGUGAUUCUUGAAUAAUCUUUCGCCCCAUAAAAAUUUGUAUUGUAUUGUAAAAAACAACUUGCACUCGUAAACGUUUGUGUUCAAUGUCUAACUUUGGUUUUUGGUGCGAUAAUUCUGUGUGGAAUCUUGCCUAUUUUAUCUAAUUACAGCCCUUCGGAAAUUCUACCAUUAGGAAUGACUAUGUAGUUGUGUUAAAUUGUAAGUAUUGCAAUUUUGUAAUUAACUGGUCGGAAACCGAUGCAAAUGCCAUUUUUGUGUUUCGAGACACUAAUUUUGCUUGUUUUAGGGGCGUUGCAACUGAACCCGACUUCGUAGAGUGACAGUUCUUGUAUUAGAUUGGGCGUUGCAACUGAACCCGACUUCGUAGAGUGACAGUUCUUGUAUCAGAUUGGAUUUUCGACGUGAGCCCGAUAUCGUAGAAGAACCAUUCUUGCAUCAGAUUGGAUUUUCGACGUGAGCCCGAUAUCGUAGAAGAACCAUUCUUGCAUCAGAUUGAAUUUUGCACCUGAGUCUGACAUCGUAGAAGGACCAUUCUUGCAUCAGAUUGGAUUUUGCACCUGAGUCUGACAUCGUAGAAGGACCAUUUAUGCAUCAGAUUGGAUUUUGCACCUGAGCCUGAUAUUAUAGAAGGACCAUUUAUGCAUCAGAUUGGAUUUUGCACCUGAGUCUGACAUCGUAGAAGCACCAUUCUUGUAUCAGAUUGGAUUUUGCACCUGAGUCUGACAUCGUAGAAGGACCAUUCUUGCAUCAGAUUGGAUUUUGCAAUUGAGUCUGACAUCGUAGAAGGACCAUUCUUGCAUCAGAUUGAUUUUGCACCUGAGUCUGACAUCGUAGAAGCACCAUUCUUGCAUCAGAUUGGAUUUUGCACCUGAGUCUGACAUCGUAGAAGAACCAUUCUUGCAUCAGAUUGUUAUUAUUAAAUUUCAUUAUCUUUAAUAACUUUUGUGAUUAUUACACAAAUUGACUCCCAUAAUUUAUGCUUGUGUGUUUUCUUUAAUAAAGAAUAUUUUUAAGUUUUUCUAAUUAAAA